GGAAGCGGACUUUAUUUUAUCAAGUAGAAUCCACUCAGUCAGCGAACACCCACAGCGACGCAUUAUGUUUCGGUAAUCAGAAUUUCAACGUAGCGCAAUUUCUUACUUUUCAUCUCUAAGUUGAACUAUCACAUUGUUUAGCUCAUUUAAUACACCAGAGAAAUGGCAUCAAUAGAAAAGAGUUGGAAAGAAGCAACCGACGGUUUAAAUAGUGAUGUCUGUGAUACAUGGUUCACAAAACUUCAAGAAGCAUAUUCAGAAGAAAAACGUACUUAUCAUAAUCUAGAUUCUCUUUGUGAUAAAUUGAAUUGUUAUUAUGAAAUUAAGGAUAACUUGAAGAAUCCUCAAGCUGUGCUUCUUGCCUUAUUUUUUCAGAACUUUGAAUAUGAUCCUAAAGCUUUAGAUGGUGAAAAUAAGAAUUUAGAGCAUUUUAAUGCAUUUGCAGACGAAGCUGAAAUUCCUGCUGAUGCACAAUUAAGAGAAGAAGCUUGUGAACUUCUGAAAGUAGCUGCAACACAUAGUACUGAUGCACAUAAAAUUGGUGGUGCCUUUGGUGGUGAAGAUGCUCAUUACUUUUUAGAUUUGGACAUGGCUGUGUUAGGUUCUUCUCCAGAAAGUUAUGCAGAGUAUAGAGAAAAAAUACGUGGAGAAUACUCUUUUCUUAGUGAGCCAAUGUAUACUGCAUUACGUUUAAAGGUACUGCAAAACUUUGUGCAGAUUCCAAAUAUUUUUGCCACAAAGGAAUUUCGAGAAAAGUAUGAAGAGCAAGCACGACAAAAUAUUCAAGCUGAAGUUGAAUUGUUGUCUUAGGAUAAUUAAUGAAUUUUAUGCAUGAGAAGAUAUAUCUUUAUGAGAUUUUUGUUACCAAAUAUGUUUACUAUUUGAUUAAUUAAAAACGAGAAAGUAAGGUAUUAAUUGACACAGAAUUCUUUUAAUGUGUCAGUAGACUUUGAUCUCCAUGUAGAGUAAAGUAGUACAAACCUAUAUUUUGUGUAUUAGCAUUUAAAGUGAUGAAUGUUAAAUGUCAUUCACACAAAAGUGUAAUAUAUUAUUAAAUAAGAAGUACAUUCAUGUCUUAUAUUUAGCACCAAAACUAUCUAAUCUAUUCUGUUUUAUUAAACAAAGAUAAUUUUCACACUACAACAAAUUAUAAGGCUUUUAUUUUCAAUGCUAAAUCUCAAACAUGAAUGUAUAUCUGUCUGUACUAUUAUUAUAGUAUGAUUUUGUUUCAAUGUUCCUAUGUUUGUACUUUUUUAUUUCUAAUAUACAUUUGUUUCAACAAUGAAAUGCAAAAGCUUAUUUCCUAACAUUUAAAUAUGUAUUUAUGUCUCAAUGGCAACAUUUGUAACUGAUAUUAUAAAAUUUGAUAUUAUGUAUUCGGUUAAUGAACAAAUUUUAAAUAUUGUUGUAUUGAAUUUCAUAUAACUAUAAAACACAAUAUAAAAUGAAGCU